GAAAUAUACGAUCCAUACGAAUUCUGUAUCGCAAAAAACAUCAAAUCUCGAAAUCGAGGUCCUUUUCUGGAAUUAGGGAUUGUUUCUGAUUCGUACAAUUUGAUGAAAUGCGAGUUCUCGGCGAGAUUGCGGAGUCACCUUUCUUGCUUUCUCGGCUGAGCCCUAAUUCGACGGCCACCGGAGGGUUUAUCGGCGGAUGGGUCGGAAAGUGUCAUGGGUUUCUUCAUAACACGGUUUUGGUUUUAGCAUCUAUUCUAUUCGUCGCUUACUUAGCGUACGAGGCGAAGAAGAGCUUGUCCAAGUUGUCGAAUCGGAGAUCUUAUAUUAUGAUCGCCUAUUAUGGUUUUCUUUGGCUUGUUAGCUUGCUCAAUCUUGCUUGGUGUUGUCUUCAGGCAUGGGAAUGCACUCCUGGGAAAGAAGUUAUUUGGAAUCUAUUAACUUUGUUCACAACAUCUGGAAUGUUGUUUCUAGAAGUAAGCUUGGUAGCCUUUCUCUUCCAAGGAAACUAUGCAAGCGGUGCUGAAGCAUUAACACGAACUUUCCUCAUCUCAGGGCUUGUUAUAGGUCUCGAUUUGCUUCUCAAGGCAAUUUAUCUCUUUGGAUUUGGAGUACCAUUGUUUAUCGACAACAAUGAACAUAUACAAAAGUUCAAAUGGGGCUUAUGGGUCAUCCACAAGCUCUUACUAGCUGGCAUUUAUGGUAUGAUAUUCUUCAUGUACAACUCCAAAUGGAGAGAGAGAUUACCUGCAAGACCUGCAUUCUACAAGUACAUAACUGUAAUGCUCGCCUUAAAUGGGCUCUCCCUAUUUGCAUGUGCUCUUACGGCAAACGGUGCUCAUUUUGGAUUAUGGUUGUAUGGGGUCACAAGUGUUUGUUACCACGCCUUCUAUCUUCCUCUUUUGUAUGUUACUUUUCUUGCAGACUUUUUCCAGGAGGAAGAUCUGAACUUGGAGAAUGUCUACUAUUCAGAGAUGAAAGAUGCUGGAUUCUUCGACGCCGAUUGGGAAUAAUAAGAACCAUGUAGUCUUAUCAUUCUGUAGAUACAAGGUGAAUAGGAUAAAUCUAAAAAAGCAACUACUGUCACUUCCUUGUAGGGCAUACUCUUCUUGACUUGUGUGUUAGUUACUAAGACUAUAGAGACACCCUGUAUAUUAUGAUGUAACAUACUUGUGUCUCUCGUAUGCAUUUCGGUCUUGGAAAGAAAAUAAGAAAGAUUUAUUGUAAA